AUAAAUAAUAAUAAUUACAACCAGAAGCCAUCGCCAUUCUUUCACGAAUACACUGAUCCAAAGCUGCAAACUCAUUUAUAGAUUCGUAAAAUCAAUAUUCAAAUCGAUGGCGACCACUACAAACGUGCGCCGGAAGGUCCUUUUGCCCCUCUUUUUCCUCUCCUUCAUGCUUAAUCUCAUGUUCGGUCACGCCGUUUGGCUCAAUUUGCCGUCCUCCGGAACCAAAUGCGUGUCCGAAGAAAUUCAGAACAACGUCGUCGUUUUGGCCGACUACCUCGUCAUUUCGGAGGAUCAUACGUAUAUUCCCACCAUCGCCGUCAAGGUGACUUCACCAUAUGGGAACAAUCUUCAUCACAAGGAGAAUGUGACACAUGGUCAGUUUGCUUUCACGACUCAAGAAGCUGGUAACUAUUUGGCAUGUUUCUGGGUGGAUAGCCAUAAUGGAGCAGCUAGAGAGGCAACUGUCAAUAUUGACUGGAAAACAGGAAUUGCUGCUAAGGAUUGGGAAUCAGUUGCAAGAAAAGAGAAAAUUGAAGGUGUGGAACUUGAACUGAGGAAACUUGAAGGAGCGGUAGAGUCCAUCCAUGAGAAUCUACUCUAUCUGAAGAGCAAGGAAGCGGAGAUGAGAGUGGUGAGUGAGAAAACAAAUGCUAGAGUAGCAUGGUUUAGUAUAAUGUCCUUGGGAGUUUGCAUCAUAGUUUCAGCCCUGCAGGUGUUGUACCUUAAGCGAUUCUUUCAAAAGAAGAAGCUGAUCUAAUUUUCUAUUGACAUUUUAUUUCUUUAUAAGAAGACGAAAUUAUAGAACACUUGUUUUUUUUCACCUGAAGAAAGAAAUAUUUUAGGAGGAAAAUUUAGAUAUAUUUUCUGAGAAUCCAGCUUUUAACAUGAUACAGCAAGAAAAGUUCACUUCUUCAUUCCUUUAA